GGAAGCCGAGGAGCGCGGGAACCGCGCAGGGACCGUCCGCAGCCCGGAGGCGAGGACCCAGGGGCUGGGCUCUCCUCACCCCGGGUACCUUCUUAUCUCAUAAUUUCAGUGUCCUGAAAUCUGAGGAUUCCACCGAGAUAAUAUGAUAGGAACUUGCAGUGAUUUGGAACCGCAUCCUACUUAGACUAAUGCAGGUCUUCCAGGUUUCCUAAGAGCUAGUACAGCAACUCACACUGCUCGUUGAUCCGCACAGACAAGAAUGCCGUCUCUGCCUCAGGAAAGAGUUAUUCAGGGACCUACUCCCCUGGAUCUGAAUACAGAAUUGCCUUAUCAAAGCACGAUGAAAAGGAAAGUCAGAAAGAAGAAAAAGAAGGGAACCAUUACAGCAAAUGUUGCUGGGACAAAGUUUGAAAUUGUGCGUUUAGUAAUAGAUGAAAUGGGAUUUUUGAAAACGCCAGAUGAAGAUGAAACAAGCAAUCUUAUAUGGUGUGAUUCUGCUGUUCAGCAAGAGAAGAUUGCAGAGCUGCAAAAUUACCAGAGGAUCAACCAUUUUCCAGGAAUGGGGGAGAUCUGUAGGAAGGAUUUCCUAGCGAGAAAUAUGACCAAAAUGAUCAAGUCCCGGCCUCUGGAUUAUGCCUUUGUUCCUCGAACAUGGAUCUUCCCUGCUGAAUAUACACAAUUUCAAAACUACAUGAAAGAAUUAAAGAAAAAAAGAAAGCAGAAGACUUUUAUAGUAAAACCAGCUAAUGGUGCAAUGGGUCAUGGGAUUUCUUUGAUAAGAAAUGGUGAUAAGCUUCCAUCUCAGGAUCAUUUGAUCGUUCAAGAAUACAUUGAAAAGCCUUUUCUAAUGGAAGGUUACAAGUUUGAUUUAAGAAUUUAUAUCCUGGUAACAUCAUGUGAUCCACUAAAAAUAUUUCUCUACCAUGAUGGACUUGUGCGAAUGGGAACAGAGAAGUACAUUCCACCUAAUGAGUCCAACUUGACCCAGUUGUACAUGCAUCUGACAAACUACUCUGUGAACAAGCAUAAUGAACGUUUUGAAAGAGAUGAAACUGAAAACAAAGGCAGCAAACGUUCCAUCAAAUGGUUUACAGAAUUCCUACAAGCAAAUCAGCAUGAUGUUGCUAAGUUUUGGAGUGAUAUUUCAGAAUUGGUGGUGAAGACUCUGAUUGUAGCAGAACCUCACGUCCUGCAUGCAUAUCGAAUGUGCAGACCUGGUCAACCUCCAGGAAGUGAAAGUGUCUGCUUUGAAGUUCUGGGAUUUGAUAUUUUGUUGGAUAGAAAACUAAAGCCAUGGCUUCUGGAGAUCAAUCGAGCUCCGAGCUUUGGCACUGAUCAGAAAAUAGACUAUGAUGUGAAAAAGGGAGUGCUGCUAAAUGCACUGAAGCUACUAAAUAUUAGGACCAGUGAUAAAAGGAAAAACUUGGCUAAACAAAAAGCUGAAGCUCAAAGGAGGCUUUAUGGUCAGAAUUCAAUAAAAAGACCCUUACCAGGUUCCUCAGAUUGGGAACAACAAAGACAUCAGUUGGAAAAGCGGAAAGAAGAGCUGAAGGAGAGACUCGCUCAGGUACGGAAGCAGAUCUCGAAAGAAGAACACGAAAAUAGACACAUGGGGAAUUACAGGCGAAUUUAUCCUCCUGAAGAUAAAACACUACUUGAAAAGUAUGAAAAUUUGUUGGCUGUUGCCUUUCAGACCUUCCUUUCAGGAAGAGCGGCUUCAUUCCAGCGAGAGCUGAAUAAUCCUUUGAAAAGGAUGAAGGAGGAAGACAUUUUGGAUCUUCUGGAACAAUGUGAAAUUGAUGAUGAAAAGCUAAUGGGCAAAACUCCCAAGUCUCGAGGACCAAAGCCUCUGUCUUCCAUGCCCGAGAGCACCGAGGUGCUGAGAAGACAGAAGUACUGCAGCAGUGACAGCAGCUACGGCAGCAGCAGCAGCUCUUCAGAAUCGGACGAAAAUGAAAAAGACGCGUACCAAGAUAAGGAAAGAGAAAAGCAAGUUCCGUAUAAUCUUAAACAGUCCAACCACUACAAGUUCAUCCAGCCAGCCAGCUCCAUAAGGCGUUCAGUCAGUUGUCCCCGGUCCAUCUCUUCUCAGUCACCAUCUUGUGCAGACAUCCGCCCCUUUUCUGCUCAGCAAGUGAUAUCAGCAUCCCGGCUGACUUCAGGGUCUCGGUCCCAUUCUUUAAAUCGUGCCUCCUCCUACAUGAGGCACCUGCCUCAAAGUAAUGAUGCCAGCUCCUCUGACUCUCUAACGAGUGAGUCUUUGCGGAAACUGAGACCAAAAGAACAAGAAGAUGAUCUAACAAGUCAGACCUUAUUUGUUCUCAAGGAUAUGAAGAUCCGGUUUCCAGGAAAAUCAGAUGCAGAAUCAUUAAUUCUGAUAGAAGAUAUCAUUGAUAACUGGAAGUAUCAUAAAACAAAAGUGGCUUCAUAUUGGCUCAUAAAAUUGGACUCUGUAAAACAACGAAAAGUUUUGGACAUAGUGAAAACAAGUAUCCGUGCAGUUCUUCCACGUAUCUGGAAGGUACCUGAUGUUGAGGAAGUGAAUUUGUAUAGAAUUUUCAACCGAGUUUUUAAUCGCUUACUCUGGAGUCAUGGCCAAGGUCUGUGGAACUGUUUUUGUGAUUCAGGAUCCUCUUGGGAGAGUAUUUUCAAUAAAAGCCCGGAAGUGGUGACUCCUUUGCAGCUUCAGUGUUGCCAGCGCCUGGUCGAGCUUUGUAAACAGUGCCUGCUAGUGGUUUACAAAUAUGCAAGUGACUCCAGAGGAUCACUCUCAGGCAUUGGUACUGAUUGGGGUAAUUCCAGGUAUUUACUACCAGGAAGUACACAAUUCUUCAUGAGAACACCAACCUACAACUUGAAAUACAGUUCACCUGGAAUGGCUCGCUCCAAUGUUUUGUUUACAUCCCGAUAUGGCCAUUUGUGAAACAGAAGGGAAGAUCGCCAUGGGUUAUGCAUAAUAGCAAUUCAUAUUUUUCCCAAUUUAACAUUGAAAAGACAGUCACCAUUAACUACUGUUUUAUGUAUAUAUGACAUAUAUGUGUGUGAAAAUAUGUACACACAUGCAGUCAAAUAACACAUAUAUUUAUUAUAAUAUAUGAAAGAAGAAUUAGCAGGAAACUGGAUAUAAGAUUUAACCUUUCUGGAAAUGUAAUAAACCAUGUUAAAAUUGUUUACACAAAUAUGUGAAUGUCUAGAAUUUGCUAGGUUUAUAAUUAAUACCUUCCUACUAGAAAUGUUAUUUUUGCUGCAGAGUAUAUAAAACAGAAUUGAUCUUGAAGAUCCCAUUACAGUGUUAAAUUAUUUUCUAGAUAAUACUUUUGACUUAAAAAGAAUUAAUAGUAUAUUACUUUAUUAAUUCUCUUAUAUAUAUUAGUAGCCAUUUAAAAUGAAAACAAAAAUUAGAAGCUUGGUGUUGCUUGAUGAUAGGACUAAGUAUAAAAUGGGUUUGUCAUUACUAUAGCACACAGUAGCAUGCUAUUAAUAUAAAAAUCCCACCCGGAUUGUCCAAUAUUUUUAUUCCUCAGUGUGGGAAUCUAGCUACUUGUGAAAAUGAUAAUGUACUUUUUCAGUAAGACUCUAGUAAGACCACAAUACUGUCUAAAAUGAAAGACAAUCCAAUGGGUUAAAAAUUAAACUUACUAGCUUGUAUUUUUACUUUUUAUUGAGAGUCACAUAAAUGGAACAGAAAAUGGUGGUAAUAGCAAAAUCUUUCCAUAUGGUUUUUGUAUCUCUUACCACUUAUACCACUUAUGUUUUCUUUUUUGAAAGUAUACCUCUGAUGGAUACAUAUGAUCAAAUAUAAUUUCUUCUCUUCUUCAGAAGGGGAAGAGCUGAUAUUUUAAACUCAUUUCAAUGUUACAGAAUGAAUGUGUCACAUUAUUUUAUAAGUCUCAAUUUUGAGACCAAUGUAUAUUGCAAAGACUAAUUCAGAGUUUCAUAUUGCACCAUAGAAAGUCAUCUAAAUUAUUACAAAAAGAAGAUUAUGAUUACUAAAUGUUAUUAGUUAUGGAUGUGCUCUUGAGCAUUUCAAAAAAAUCAAAAUAGAGUAUGAAGUUUUCAUCUUGUCCAAAGUUAUUAUGCAUAAUUUUCAUAGCAGUUUACUUCCUUUUUUGCUUACAGUUUCAAAAACUAUGAGUGAGCUUUCAGUUUUCUAUACAAAUAUAAAAAAUACCAUGGGUAUUCUUCAAGACUGCAAUAUUCACCUUUUAGAAUUUUAUUUUAAUUUCUCCCAGUAGUUUUAUUUUUCACAGAUGGUAAUUAUUUGCAACAUUCAUGAAUGUUUUACCUCCUUUUACUAUCCUGAAAGCUUUUUCCAGUAAAUGGAGAAAUGGUCCCAAAGCAGAAGGAGAACUGAGAGGGGCAAACUGGCCUGCUUUAAUUCACAAGCUGGAUAACUGACAACCCAAAGUUGUAAGUUAGAUAUAUUUUGCUUUUAAAGCCAUAUUCUGAGGCUGUAUUUGGAUAAAAUAGGUUCUUCCCUAAAUUAUUGCUAGUUACUGGAUUCUUUAUGACUACCAACCACUCAUAUUCCAAUGGAUACUUUUCCUUGCUAAUUGCAUCACAAAGGAGAGUUACUGUCUUUGUGGGAAAAGAGGAUAAGGAUGUUAGGAUGGAGGAAAUCACAAUGUAGCUCUGAGUGUUUAUGACACUAUUUUGUGAAUUCCUAAAUAUGUUUAGAAUUUUGGAGAACAAAUAAUGCUGAAAUUGGGAUAUUAACAAAAUCAUUGUAAGAAUGAUCAGCAAGCAGGCCUUUUCAUGGAGCAAUUUUAGUCAUUUUUUUGGUUCAGAUUCAUAAUUUGUUCAUGAAUGAGACACAGUUUCAAAGGUCUGAUGUAUGAUAUCAAUCCAGUUUCUUGGCCACUCACUUGUGUUAGCUUAAAUCACAAUGGUGACUUAAUUUGCUAGAGUGAAAAGAAUGUCUAACAUGUCUCCCCCUAGGGGAAAAAAUUUUUUUUAAAGAGUAAAUAUAUGAAACUACCCAGUUAGUUAUUAACAAUUGAAUUUGAUUCCUCUAGCUACCCAAGUCUGACUUUUUUUGAGUGCUAUAAUUUUCUUGCCCACAUUUCCAUCUUUAGACUCAUCUAGUUCUGAUAUGAGGAAGAUGUAAAUAAAAGCCAUGUGCUCAUUAUUUAUGUAUACUGCCUGGUACCCUGUGGACUAAGAUUGUGUUCAUGCUUAUUCCUUAAUGAGAAACUAAGAAGACACAGUAAUAAACUGUGAAAGUCUCUAGAGGCCAUAGAAAUGUUUUAGUAAUAUAAAAUAUUCCUUAGUUUUUAUUAUAAAUUUUUUAUUCAUAGAGUUAAAAUAUAUCAGUAUAAGUGAUAGUAUGGGUCUGACUCUCUUCUAGGAGAGAACAUACCUUUUUAUGUGAAAAACUCCAGAAGCUAUUCAGUCUUACCAGAGUUUUUAAUAGGGAGUUUGGUUUACUUGUGAUGAAAGCAUAUUUUCAUUCUGUUAUUAAAAGAUAUAUCCCUGAUAUUCUGUGACUAAUGCUUUCCAGAACUGCAUAUGAUUGAAGUUAUUCCAGAACUGCCCAAGAAGCAACCUUUUAAUGUUAAAUUAUCAUAUAUGAAUAUUGUAUGAGAUUGCAGAUUAGUUUUCACUGUAAUAAUCCAGCAUUGUAAUAGUAUUUGCUUCAUGUAGUCUGUUGAAAGAACUAUUGUGAUUCAUAUUAUGAUUAUUAGCAACAAUUUUUAUUUUAUCUUGCAUGUGUAAAAAUUAAAUUAUAGUAAGAUCAAAUAUGAAAAUGGCAAUAGGAAUAUUAGAUGCAAAGAUCUAUACACAUUUUUUCAUAUCUCUGAAUUAGGUCUAAAUACACAAAACUCUUUUUAGUUCUCCCCCUGAAACUAACAUGAACCAAACUCAAGCCAAAAACCCCAGUCUUCUCAUCCAAUACUUACAUGCAGCUAGAUGAUAGUGGCUUGUAGACAUCAAGAGAAAGAUUUCAUUCUAAUUCUUUUUUCAUUAGAAAGUAUAUGAUUAUAAACUUUAGUUAUCUAACUUUAAAUUUCAUAUUUUAAUAUAAAUUAAUCCAAAUGCUUUCUUCUUUAGCAUAACAAAGUCAUUCCAUUUAAAAAUUCUCUUUAAAUCUAAACUUCCACAUUACUUGACAUUUUCAAAAGUACCAAAAAAUUGAUAGUUGCAUAAGCUCUAUUAUUUGUAGUUUUCUAUAAAGCAUUUGAUUAAUUCUUAUAUGUAUAUUCUUCAAAAUAUAAUAGCAAAUAUGUUGAGAAGAGUGACAAUAAAUACCUUCCUCUUCUGUUCUGUGAUGCUUUUUCAACAUUUUGAGUCUUAGUUUACUUGGUCCUAAGGGUUAAACGAUAAAAAGUGUAAGUACAAUUGUUGUGUUCUUGUGACCUGGUGAUUUGUGAAAAUUUCUUUUAUCUUGAGAUUGAGAAAUUUAAUAAAACUUUCCAGAACUGAAUUAGUUAUCUAAAUAUUUUGGACUAAUGCUACUUACAAAUAAAUUUUGAAAAUGUAUUAAUCGAAAUUUUAUUCCUUACACUUUUUUUUUCUUUCUUUUCUUCUUUUUUAAACUUCAAGUUCCAUUUAAACUUUUGACCUUUGCAUGGAAAAGUCAAGAAAAGAGAAAUCCUGCUUUUUAAAAUAUUGGUUUAUAGUGGUAUAUUUUUGCCUCAGCAAUAAUAAAACUUAGAUAAGAUGUGCUAUUGGAUCAAGUUCAGUUUUUCUGCUGAGAUUUUUGAGAACAAGGUUGACUUUUCAAUGUCCAAAAAGCAUUAAUUAUUUGGAUCCAUAUGAACCAAGACACAUGGCUGCAAAUAACACUCUUGUGACCAAAAAUGUUAAAUUAAAAUUAAUUGCACACUUUGAGAUUGUUGCCUUUCUUGGUGUUUUUUUCUUUUUGCCUUAUUAUGAGUGGGUAUAUGGUAUUGAAGGAAAACUAUGCAGGUGAAACAUUUUGUAUUAACUGGACUGUAUUAACUAAAAAGAGCUACACAAAGUUUUUAUUUUAUCCUCACCUGCCAAUUUGAAAACUGUUGGUAAAAUAAUUAUUCAAUAGGCUAAUAUUUUCUAAAUUAGUAAGACUUACCUACAAAAGUUACCAGAUAAUGCUGAUAUUUCUCUUUCAAAGACUAACAACAAAAGUUUUAGUCCUGAGCUGGUUGGUUCAUUUAAUAACUAAUAUGCAUACUGCAACUUUGAAUAUUAAUAGAUUGGCUGAAGGUUUUAGGUUUGAAGAUUAGUUUGAAAGCAAUACAUUUGCCCCCGUGAAUCAUGAUGCAGAUUAUCCCCAUGUGUUUUACUGCGUGUAUAUGAAUGCAAAUGUUGUUACAGAAAAUAUGCUUGAAAUGUCAAUACAGUCUGCAAUUAGUACUGCAUCGUCAUGCUUCAGCAUGUGAUACCUGUAUGAUGACAUUAUUUCAACUACUCAAAUAUGUUACUGUAAUAAAAAUGUUUAACAUAAGAAAG